UCCGUCAUGAACAGACGUCUUCCUCUCUCCUUCCCCGUCUACGUAACUCUCCUGUCGUGGGCCUGUAUAACCUACGGGUUUCCGAACGGCGCACCUUAUACGAUGUGUGGCUACUACGUCCCUUCCCACAACACGCCUAAGCCUCGGUCAAACGAAGACUCUCCGUACCAUCUGUUGGUUUCUGCGGAGUAUUUCGAUUUCAGGGAAGAUGGACGCGACCGUGUUGUAGUGAACGUAACGAGCAAGACAGAAAAUGUUCCUUUUAAGGGCUUUGUGGUGGCCGCCUACGAUGGUUCAGGGAAACCUUAUGGAAAAUGGGAUUCCAACCCUAAUGCGCAUCAGGUUCCGCGCUGCAAGAAGCCGGCCAUGACACACAACGAGGCGUCACCCAAACGCGAGGCCUCUCUGGUUUGGCGCCCGCCGGAGGGAGAGCACAGGGAGUGGGGGUGGGUACAGUUUAGAGCAACUGUAGUGAAGGACAUGAAUAAUUUCUGGGCUGAGCUACCCCACAUUGUAGCUAAGGAAGGAGUGUGAACAAGCAUUAUGAUGUGUUUCCACCCCCCUCUGUAUAAUUAGGGGUACUGGUGCGGAUUAUUCAGUUCUAAUUACGCCAAUUGCUGGGUUAUUAUUUUGCUAAGAUUCUCUUAAUUUUAUCAUAAGCCACUUGAUUGAAAUGAUAUUGCUGAAUGAACUUGCUUCAGGUUAAAUGCUUUUGUAACUGUGAAAUAAAUUGACAUCAUUCAA